AUGCAACUCCCUAUGAGCGGUCUACCUCCCAAACCAGAAAUUAGCAGAACAGCAGGUAGCUGGCCUGAGCCUGCAGACGAUAGGAGGUAUACCAUUACCGUCCCCGACGCGACAACAGAGACAGAGACAGAUCUGACCGCGACCGCGAUCGAGACAGAGAUAGAGAACGAGACAGAGACAGAAGCUAUCACCCUCCCCGCUCACCACCACCACGUUCGCCUCGAGGAAGAGACACCUACACCUCACCUGCUCGAAACGAUACUCACCGCGAGUACCACCACCGUGACGAGCGCUCAAGGGGAGAGAGAGGAUGGGAGCCAGAUAGAAGGACUUCAGACCGUAGGGAUGACAGGGCUUGGACACGCGAUGAGCAUACAGGGAGGGGACGAGGGCGCGGGAGGGGUCGUGUUUCGCCGCGCAGAGGGAAUAUCUACCAUGGUGGAGGAUGCUGGCGAGGCCGCGAUUCGGAGCGAGAUAGGGAUUAUGGAGGGCGGGGAAGAAGUCGGGAGUAUGACAGGAAUCAUCAUGAUAGACGAAGAUUUGAUGAUAGGGAGAGAUCGAGUAUGCACAGAGCUCCGUAUUCUCCACGUCAAGAUUCAAAUGAACGCCGUCGGGAGCACUACUCGCCUACAAGAUCUCCUCGUCGUUCAUAUUCACCCAGACGGUACAGCAGACCGCCUUCUCCUGAUGACAGCAUCCUGCCUCGAAGUCGCUAUUCAGACCACCACGGUGAUGACAGGCGACGCGGGAGUCGGACUCCCAGUCCCCGUCCCUCAAAACGCUCCUUGUCUCGAGAUGUCAAGUCCGAACCGAUGCAUGAAGAAAUGCAUCUUUCGACUUCCCCAGCACACUCCCAACGCUCGCUCCGCGCCACAGACUGAGAAACCAGCCACCAAGUCUGCCUCUCCACAUGUCGAAGCUGAACUUAACGAUGGCCUACACCUUAAAGUCGAGUCAGUCCUUGAAGACAGUCGCUCUCCAGCUUCAAUCUCAAAUGCCAAGGAGGAGCCCGCAGACCAAGAUGGAGACUUCAAAAUGCGUGACCGUUCCCCCGGUCCACCGAGCCACCCACCUUAUCAAACCAUCAAAACGCCACCAACUCCAGCGUCUCCCGCUACAUCUUUCAAACACCCAAUACCAGAAGAACCCUCGGGUGAAAUGUCCAAACCCCUUACAGCGCCCUUCCUACCCCCCUUCACACGCCGGGAAACACUCAAAGAACGCCUAGGCCAAAAAUAUAAAGACGAUCUAUCGCAAAUUGAAACCAUCGAAGCUAGCCGUUCGCGCGCAGCAUCCGAACAAGUGCAAAACUCGAAAGCCGUCCGCCGAGCACUGCAUGAACUGGAAAUGACAACUAUAGAUCUCCGUGCUGCUCAGAUGCGACGCGAGCACGCGGAGAAUCACCGGAAGAAAGCUGCGAGUGCGAAUGGGUUUUUUGAUUUUGAGGCAGAGUUUUCCGGUUCUGUGGCUCGUGCUCCGAGUACUAAUAAUCCCUAG